AUGCGCCUAAUUAUAGAUCCUCAGUUACGUGAAAAUACCUCGGAUGCUGUGAAAAAGCAGGUUGCUUUCAUCAAGGAACAGCCUGUGAGGGAUAUUGACUGCUUCUUCACUCAAGCUGGGAAUCCACAUGAUACCGGUUUGUUGAAUCAUUUUUCCCGUGACAUACUUCUGAAACGCUGUGGUCGAGCUAUGAACUCUACGCCACCGCAUUUGGUGAAUUUUUGUCCAUAUUUUACUAUUUUCCACUACCGCCGUUGUCGCUUUUACGACUAA